AUGCUGCUGACGCAGAGGCCGUCGGCCUUUCGGCUCGCCCUCGUCGCCUGGGCGGCCUUUUGCAUAUGCGUCAUCUUAUACCACUUCAGCGCCAUCCGAACGCACAUUGCCCCCACGGCCGACCUGCUGCGCCAGAAAGCCAGCGAGAAAUGGAGCUCCGUCGUAUCCGACGGCGAUGCUGAUGCUGCCGCCGCCGCCUUCCCUCAGACGACCACAACUACCACGCCAACGCUCGCCGCUAAGCCGCAGGAAAAGCAGCAGGACCAGAAGCAGGAGGAGCAGAAGCCACAGAAGCCCAAGCCCAAGCAGCCCAAGCAGAUCCCCAAGAAGCUGUGGUACAAGACGGGGCCCAAGGGCCUGACCGACGACAUGCGCGCCUGGCACGACUCCUGCACCAGCCGCAACUCGCACUACCGCGCCACCUACCUCAACGACGACAGCGCCGACGCCUACGUCCAGGAGAACUACGCCGCCGAGCGCCCCGACGUCGUCGACGCCUACAUGGGCCUGGCCAUCCCCAUCCUCAAGGCCGACUUUCUGCGCUACCUGCUGCUCUACCGCGAGGGCGGCGUCUGGUUCGACCUCGACGUCUCGUGCGAGACGGUGCCCAUCGACGAGUGGAUCCCGGACGAGUACAAGAACGACACGGCCAUCGCCGUGGGGUGGGAGUUUGACGUCGGCUGGGGCGAGGGCUUCCAGCGCCAGUUCAACAGCUGGACCAUCAUGUCGGAGCAGGGGUCGCCGCACAUGCUGCAGGUCAUCGACGACAUCGUCGCCGCCGUCGGCGCCUCGUCCCGGAAGCACGGCGUGCCCGUCGGGAACCUGACGCUCGACAUGGUCGGCGACGUCGUCGACUACACGGGGCCCCGGCGCAUGACCGAGGGCAUCUUCAGGAGCCUCGAGCGGCAGCGCGGCGGCGACAAGAUCGACCGCGCCGAGCUGUCCAACCUGCGCCAGCCCAAGAUGAUCGGCGACGUGCUGAUCCUCCCCGGCUACUCGCUCGCCAUGUCGUCCAACAAGUACGAGGGCGAGCAGGUCGGCCCCUCGCUCGUCACGCACCACUACGCCGGCUCGUGGAAGAACGACAAGGGCGGCGAGACGAAGCGGAGAAGGAGGAAGAGGAGAGGCAGUAGUAGGAUAGAAGCAUGA